AUGGUGAGGAUUCACGUACAAACUUGACUGCAAGAUCAAAAACGAUAAUGUCAGCAAAAUAUCAUAAAUUCCCUCACCAGACUCCAACUUUUAUUUUAGCAUAAAACAAAACACCAUUGAAUUUCAUCUUCAUACUCAAGAACACAUCUUCAUAAUUAAUUAAAUAUCGAUCAAAUGGAAAUGACUGGUGACCAAAUUUAAUCUUUCUCAUAGGUACUAAUACCAGAUAAUAUAUUUUCAUAUGAUUGUUUUAAUUUCCUUUGCUUCUGAAUUCAAAUUGUUUAAUUUCAGAGUAGUUUUGGCACCGUUGACCAGAUCUAGAUCCUACAACAAUGUUCCACAACCUCACCCUAUACUCUAUUACUCUCAAAGAGCCUCUAAUGGAGGUCUUCUCAUAUCAGAAGCUACUGGUGUUUCUGAAACUGCUCAAGGAUAUCCAAACACGCCAGGUAUUUGGACAAAAGAGCAAGUGGAAGCGUGGAAGCCUAUUGUAGAUGCUGUUCAUGCCAAAGGUGGCACAUUCUUUUGUCAACUUUGGCAUGUUGGAAGAAUGUUUGAUUCUGCUGGUAAAACACCAGUAUCUUCUACUGAUAAAAUACUCUCACCGAAAAUUGGAGAUGAUGGUAGUGUAAUAUCACGAUUCAUACAACCGAGGAGACUAAGAACAGAAGAAAUUCCUGAUAUUGUCAAUGAUUUUAGACUUGCUGCAAGAAAUGCUAUUGAAGCUGGUUUUGAUGGAGUUGAGAUCCAAGGGGCUAAUGGCUAUCUACUUGAGCAAUUCAUGAAAGAUAAAGUGAAUGAUAGAACAGAUGAAUACGGUGGAUCUCUUGAGAAUCGUUGUCGAUUUGCUUUGGAAGUUGUUGAAGCUGUUGUGAAUGAGAUAGGAGAAGAAAGAGUUGGAAUAAAAUUAUCACCGUUUUCGGAGCUUGGAGAAUGUGGAGACUCAGAUCCUAAUACAUUGGGGCUUUAUAUGAUUGAUGCUAUUAAUAAAUUUGGUGUUUUGUAUUGUCAUGUGGUGGAACCGAGAAUGGAUAUUGUUGAUGAAAAAACUGAAUGUGUUUACAGUUUGGAGCCAAUGAGAAAAGCUUUCAAUGGCACUUUCAUGGUUGUGGGAGGUUAUGACAGAAAAGAUGGGAUCAAUGCUAUAGUUGAAAACAGGGCAGAUCUUGUUGCUUAUGGUCGUUUGUUCAUAUCUAAUCCAGAUUUGCCAAAGAGAUUUGCACUUGAUGCUCCUCUCAACAAGUAUAAUGAGAAAACAUUUUAUACGUUUGAUCCAGUUCUCUAUUAUACUGACUACCCUUUUCUUGAAUGAUGAAAUACAUGUUGUAACAUGUAGUUUUUUUUAACUCUAUUAUGAAAUUACGUAAUUAACUGUGUGUUGACUUGUAAAUUGCUCGUGUAAUUUUGUCUUAAAAGUUUGUAAAUUCGUUCAUGUAAUUUUGCCUUAAAAGAUGGUGAUUGGAGUAAAGGAGAAUUACAGGAAGUUACCGAAAAAUAAUCAAAGAAAGAAUGAUCAUGAAAAAGAAGAAACUUGUGACAUGAUGUACAUUAUAUUGCAAGAAUAUUUGGAGUAUGUGGUGCAAUGUGUCUCUGCGAUGAAGGUUAUAUGUUGUCACACAAUUGUGUGUGACAUAAGCAAUUAACUAACGUAGACUUGGAGUCUGUGGUGCGCUGUGUGGCUACUGUGAAGGUAUUAUGGUUUAACAUAUGUUUGUGUUACAUAGGCAUGAAGGCCAAUGUAGGAAGACUUGGAAUCCGCAAUGCGAUCUAUCCCGCACGAAGGCUAAAGUUUGGACUUUCCCCAUCUGAUCCAAAACCUAAUUUCUAGUUAUGAAUUACUAUUUAAGGAAAUAAAAAAGAGAAAUUCAGGGUUGCAAAAAUAUGAAGUAAAAAAUGGGAGGAAAUGUUAGAAUAAUAAUUCAAGUGUGAGUUAGAGUCUCACAUUGAUUAUAAAUGUGGAGACUUGAGCAUUUAUAAGUAGGAGAACUCACUAACAUAUCAUCUUAAGAUUUUGAAUGAAUAAA